UGUUUUUUUCUCUGUGUGGGGACGGGUAGUACGAAUGCGCAUGCGCGCUGACGUAUACCGUUUCCUCUUCCUUAUACCUUAUUGAGCUUGAGUCCAGUAGCACCACAUUUUUUCGACUGACUGUUUUGUGAUCCAAAAAGGGAUUUCGAGUGUCUUUUAUGAAUAAUCAAAGGCAACAGAAGCCGACGCUAACAGGCCAGCGUUUCAAAACUAGAAAAAGAGAUGAAAAAGAGAGGUUUGACCCGUCCCAAUUUCAGGAAAGCAUUGUGCAAGGUCUAAAUCAAAGUGGUUCUGAUCUGGACGCUGUUGCGAAAUUCCUCGAUAGCUCUGGUGCCAAGCUCGACUACAGACGAUAUGCUGAGUCUCUGUUCGACAUCCUGGUGGCCGGAGGAAUGCUGGCCCCAGGUGGUACUCUGUCUGAAGACAUGAUCUGCACAGAAUUCUGUGUCUUCAAAGCACAAGAGGACAUGGAGACCAUGCAGGCAUACGCGCAGGUCUUCAACAAGCUCAUCAGGCGUUACAAAUACUUGGAAAAGGGAUUUGAGGAGGAAAUCAAAAAGCUGCUGCUUUUUCUCAAGGGCUUCACAGAGUCUGAACGCAACAAACUGGCCAUGCUCACGGGAAUUCUGCUGGCCAAUGGUAAUAUCUCUGCCUCCAUUCUCAGCAGCCUCUUCAACGAAAACGUGGUCAAAGAAGGUGUUUCAGCCUGCUUUGCUGUGAAACUCUUUAAAUCCUGGCUUUCCGAGAAGGACAUAAACUCAGUCGCUGGCAGUCUUCGGAAGGUUGGCAUGGACAACAGGCUGUUGGAACUGUUUCCAGCCAACAAACGCAGCAGUGAGCACUUUUCUAAGUACUUCAACGAUGCAGGGCUGAAGGAGCUUUCAGACUUCGCCAAAAACCAGCAGUCUAUAGGUACACGCAAGGAGCUACAGAAAGAGAUUGAAGAUCUGAUGUCACGAGGGGACACCCUCAAGGAUAUUAUCACGUACACCCGAGAGGAAAUGAAGAAGAGCAACAUCUCGGAGCAGACCAUGGUCGGAAUGAUUUGGUCCAGCGUGAUGAGCUCUGUGGAGUGGAACAAGAAGGAAGAGCUGGUUGCAGAACAAGCCAUUAAACACUUGAAGCAAUACAGCCCGCUGCUGAAGGCUUUUACCUCCCAGGGAUUCUCUGAACUCACUCUUCUGCUAAAGAUCCAGGAAUACUGCUAUGACAACAUCCACUUUAUGAAGGCCUUCCAGAAAAUCGUUGUUCUGCUCUACAAAGCGGAUGUCUUGAGUGAAGAGGCAAUUCUGAAGUGGUACACCGAAGCCCAUCAGCCCAAAGGAAAAGGCUUUUUCCUGGAACAGAUGAAAACGUUUGUCGAAUGGCUCAAGCACGCAGAGGAAGAGUCCGAGUCAGAGGAAGAAGAGGCUGACUGAGGAUGUCAAAUGGCAAAUUUAAUGCAUAAUUUCAGUUCAACAAUUUCACCAUUUAACUUUACAUGGGAUGCUGUCCCAACAACUUCUUUUUUUUUUUUUUUUUUUUUAUAGAAAUCCCUUAAUGUUCUUUUCUCUUUUUUUUAUUCUCUACCUCUGCAUAUCUUGUUCAAUUGUCAUAGAAGGGCUUUAACAUUCUUUGGACCUGCCUCCUCUAUAAAUCAUUACUUGUUGUUCAGGCUAAGCUGAAUUGAUAAAAACUAUAAUUUACAUUUUUUAAGGCAGUUUCCUUCUAAAUUAGCCAGUUUGAUGCGAGAUUUGACAGCUGCUGUAUUUAGCUUAGGAGCUCUUAUUUGCCAGAGGUCCAUCUGUGUAGCCAUGCUAUGGAGUGAUGUGUAAAAGACAAACUGUUUUCUGACCUCAUUUUAGAUCUCUGCCAGUGACAUGACAACGUUUGAAUUUACUGCCGGUUUUUAGAUUCCGCCUCCUUUAUUGGCAAUGGGCCUCUGCCAUUUUACACAAUCAUGUUUAUGGUGGUAGAGUUGCCCCACAAAAUGUUUUUUUUUUUCUUCUUUUUUUUAGAAAAGCUUAUGUGAGUUUUGUAGGGGUUUUCUCUUUUAUCAUAUAAUAAAUAAAAAGAAACAAU